GCUCCCUCCGGCAGCAGCAACAUGGAACUAACUGCCGAGCAGCACCGCAUCCCCCUCAAUGAUGGCAACUCCAUCCCUGUGCUGGGACUGGGCACCUACUCCUCUCCCCGAACUACACCCAAGGGAACCUGCCUGGAGGCAGUAAAACUGGCCAUAGAUCUUGGCUACCGACACAUCGAUGGUGCUUAUGUGUAUUAUAAUGAACAUGAGGUGGGUCAGGCCAUACGGGAGAAGAUCGCUGAGGGAAAGGUCAAACGAGAAGACAUUUUUUACUGCGGCAAACUUUGGAGCACGUGCCAUCCACCUGAGCUUGUGCGGCCGACAUUGGAGAAGACGCUAAAAACCCUUCAGCUGGAUUACGUGGACCUGUAUAUCAUCGAGCUGCCCAUGGCUUUCAAGCCUGGGGAUGAAAUCUACCCACGGGACGCAAAUGGAAAAUAUCUGUAUCACAAGACAGAUCUGUGUGCAACAUGGGAGGCGCUGGAGGAGUGCAAAGACGCAGGGUUGGUAAAAUCCAUUGGGGUCUCCAACUUUAACCGCCGGCAGCUGGAGCUGAUCCUCAAAAAGCCAGGACUAAAAUACAAACCUGCCACCAACCAGGUUGAAUGCCACCCAUAUUUCACCCAACCCAAGUUACUGGAGUUUUCCAAACAACAUGACAUUGUGACUGUGGGCUACAGUCCUAUUGGAACCUGCCGUGAUGAAACAUGGGUCAAUGUGUCUUCCCCUCCACUCUUGGAAGAUCCUCUCCUGAAAGCCAUUGGCAAUAAAUACAGUAAGACAGCAGCCCAGGUAGCUCUGCGUUUCAAUGCACAGAGGGGAGUUGUGGUCAUUCCAAAGAGUUUUAACCCAGAACGAAUCAAAGAAAACUUUCAGAUUUUUGACUUCAGUCUGACGGACAAGGAGAUGAAGGACAUCGAGGCUCUGAACAAGAAUGUUCGCUAUGUGGAGUUGUUGAUGUGGAGUGACCACCCGGAGUACCCCUUCAAGGAUGAAUACUGAUGGGCCAUAGGCCACCCUCACUUUCACAUAACCAAUGACCCAGUCUCUUCCUCAUUGAUCUGGAAUGGACGGAAUAUUUGGGGAGACACUCAACGCCUCUAUAGGACAAACCUUAAUUUGGUUGGACCGCAACCGGCAUGUUAAUGCCCAUGAAGAUGGCUGGAGCUGUACAGUCCAGCAACAGCGCAGUUUUAUUUCACUAUAUUUAAUUUUUAUUAAACUUUCUAUCUUUUCCAUCUUUUGUAUCAUCGUAGUCCAUUGAAUGAUAUGCAUGUACAUUGCAUUUAUAGCUGUGAUUUUACUUGCUACAGUAGGAGGUUUACAGAAUUAUCAGACAGCUCAGCUUUAGAGUAUUUACUGCCUUACUACUAGUUCAUUGUAGCUCUGCUGACAGUUAAUAAAGCGACAUUGAUGUA